AUGAACGGCAUGAUGCAACCACAAAUUAUAUUACUAAAGGAAGGCACGGAUACAAGUCAGGGCAAGGCCCAACUCAUUAGCAACAUUAAUGCCUGUCAAGCCGUAAUGGAGGCUGUGCGGACGACGCUUGGACCGCGUGGCAUGGAUAAACUUAUCCAUGCAGGUGGAAAGACGACCAUCUCCAACGACGGAGCUACUAUCAUGAACCUACUGGACGUGGUGCACCCGGCGGCCAAGACGCUCGUGGAUAUCUCGCUCUCUCAAGACGCAGAGGUUGGCGAUGGCACUACGUCCGUCGUUCUCCUUGGUGCUGAGUUUAUGCGUCAGGCUAAACCCUUUAUCGAGGAAAAUAUGCAUCCGCAGAUGAUCAUUAAGAGCUUCCGGAAGGCGGGACAGCUGGCCGUGCAGAAGAUCAAAGAGAUUGAGAUUCGUGUGGCCGAAUCGGACGAAAUUGGUCGUCGUCAGAUGCUCGAGCGUGUUGGUGGAACGGCUCUCAAUUCAAAGCUCAUUUCAAGCCACAAACACUUCUUCUCUCCAAUGAUUGUCGAUGCGGUGUUAAGUCUGGAUGAUGGACUGGACAUUAGUAUGGUCGGCAUCAAGAAGGUACCGGGCGGUUCAGUGACUGAUUCCUUUUUAGUAAAAGGCGUCGCGUUCAAAAAGACGUUUUCGUAUGCCGGUUUCGAGCAACAGCCCAAGAGUUUUGUAAACCCAAAGAUUUUGCUGCUGAACGUUGAACUGGAGCUAAAGUCAGAGAAGGAAAACGCUGAAGUGCGUCUGGACGACCCUUCUAAGUACCAGUCUAUCGUGGACGCUGAGUGGAAUAUUAUCUAUGAGAAACUGGAUCUGUGCGUACAAAGCGGCGCCCAAAUUAUUCUCUCUAAGCUGCCUGUGGGUGACCUAGCGACGCAGUACUUUGCCGACCGCGGCCUCUUUUGCGCAGGACGUGUUGGUCAGGACGACAUGGAACGUACGCAACGUGCCACUGGUGGAGUGGUGCAGACGUCGGUUCAUGAUAUGAACGUUUCGGUGCUCGGCUCAUGUGGCCGCUUCGAGGAGCGUCAAGUUGGCAAUGAGCGAUACAACAUCUUUAUGGAGUGCGCUGAGGCGAAAAGCUCCACCAUCGUGCUGCGUGGUGGUGCUGAGCAGUUUAUCGAGGAGGCUCAUCGGUCUGUGCACGAUGCGCUGAUGGUCGUGAAGCGCGCCGUAGCUUCGUCAACGGUGGUGGCUGGUGGUGGUGCCAUUGAAAUGGAAGUCUCGCGCUAUCUGCGCCAGUAUGCGCGUACUAUCGAGGGCAAGGCACAGUUGCUGGUAAACGCUUACGCCAAGGCAUUCGAGAUCAUCCCCCGCCAGAUCGCAGAGAACGCCGGCCACGACGCGACUGAUAUUUUGAACCGUUUGCGCCAAAAGCACUUUAAGGAUCCCGAAGAAGGCAAGUGGUUUGGCGUCGAUAUCACCACAGGCGGCAUCUGUGACACGUACGAGUCGCACGUGUGGGAACCUGCUGCUAACAAGAUUAACUCGAUUGCGGCAGCAACGGAGGCUGCAUGCCUCAUUCUGUCAGUGGACGAGACUGUGCGCAACCCAAAGUCGGAGCAGCCGCAAGCUGGCUCUGGUGGCGGUGCGCCAAUGAGCGCCGCCAUGGGCGGUCAGGGCAUGCGUGGCAUGAUGGGGGGAGGCCGGGGAGGCCCUAGCGGUAUGGGCCGCGGCGUGCGCGCUCUCCGCGGCAAGGGUGGUGCAUAA